AUGGCUGAAGUGCUUGUGACUUCUGAGAGUGGGCAGAGUAUCAACUACUACAGCACGACAGGAGUCAGAGUGGACGAGGAUCUUCAGGGAGGUUUUGUAGCCCGCGAUCUUCAUGGUACGGCUCAACCUAGUACUGUUGUAGCAGAGCAGGAUUAUAGCGCGGCGAUCAUCGAGCAUUAUAGACAUAGCACUAGUGGUCCUCCUCUCGUUGUAGAAGAAAAUAAUCGCGGCGCUCCUUUCGUAGUAAGAGCUGGAGCAACUACUCAUGAUGGAGCUGCAGCAACUCAUGAUGGAGCUGCAUCUGCAAUAGCAGCGGUGCCAAUAAUGUUGAACAAUCAAGUGUUGAACAAUCAAAACCGACAGAGUUGUAGUACGCAGAGUCUUCAAGAAGGCUCCUAUGUGUGUCUUCCACAAGAAUAUGCAGCUACCACUCCACUCCUUCCAUUAAGGCCAGGACUUCACUAUUCCAUUUCCAUGUAGAGUGUGCUGUUGAGUGGAGUAUUUAAACGGGAAAAAUAAGGGAGGAAAGCAAAGAGGAGCUAGAACUUACUCAAUCAGCAUCUCAUUGGUGCAGGCGUGCAUUUACAUACUGAUACCAACCAGAGGGAACCACAGGUACAUCAGGGCAAGCACUGGCCCGCCGAGGCAUACAUUUACAUACUGAUACCAUAGUGAAAAACAUGCGCUAAUUCAAGCAUUAGCACAAAUGCAAUUGCAGGGCCAGGAACCGCAGACACAAGGACAACAACAUCUGUGGCAAGAGGACCUGCUGCAAGGACCUCCGCAGGUUCCGAUGCAGACUCUAGUAAGGCUCCUUGUUAGAAGACUCCUUUUCUACCUGGUGUCGUUGUUCACCUUUCCCUAUUGAGCUCCUUGUUAGAAGACUCCUUUUCUACCUGGUGUCGUUGUUCACCUUUCCCCAGUGAGCUCCUUGUUACAAGACUCCUUUUGCUUUUCUAGCAGAUGGUGUCAUUGUUACUCACCUUCCCCUAGACCUAGUCGUGAUGCUAUUUAGUUCGACUUUAUUCCCUAAGUGAGAUAGUCACUCACAUCUUCUCUUCUUGUUCUUCUUGAGUAGAAGCUAGCAUCUUAUUUCACCUGUAGCUCUUCUACAACUACUAGGUGUUGUUUCAUUCCUACGGGUACUAGUAACUAGGUGUGCCUAUUUUCUUAAAUGAUACAUCUACUUGUUUUUCUUGACUACACGCCUCACAACUUAUUUUCUUUUUAUUACGUUUUAAUAUAUAAGUCUUAUAGUUCUAAAACUAAAUCUUGCAGGAGCUUUUCCGGCGAAUUGUUCCGCUGCUGCUCUUCACGUCGACGAGAGGGUCCUCCACAACAUGGUUACUAACAAUAUUGACGGCAGUCGUGGCCAACAUCAAAAGGACAGCAACAUGUGGGAAGUAACACGAGGCAAUACUAACGAUAGUAGUCAAGGUCAUCAAGUACAAGGUCAAGCUCUUCAACAAGACAGCACAAGACCUUUAGCCUCUCCUUCAGCACUGCCCUUAUACCGUGAACAGUUGGCCUGCGCUCUCGUCGCGAAUUCUGUCGAGCUACUCCAAAUGCUCUAUGCUUCGCAAGCGUCGAAGUGAAAGUCUAUCUCAUCUGUGGCACUAUGUACGGGACAUUGACAACUAAAUUUUCCAAAAUUUCCCCGACUUCUCCGGACCUCGUUCAAGGUUUCUGCCUUGUCUGACCCGUGGCAAAUAUUUCUGAAAUUCCCCAAAAGAAUGCGCGCAUACUCUAUCCAUUUUUGGACUCAACGAACGGGGCAGGGGAUUUUCGCGGAUUUUUUCAAAAAUAGUUGGCAAUGUCGGAGGACACAAAUACUAAAUAGAAAAACAUCAAGUGUACGACAGCUCGAGCUCAAAAAGGAACCUCAAGGUACUAGUACAGCUCCAAAAUAAAGACCCUGAUGAAGUUGUGGUUACGGGGAUUAAUCACCAGACCGUUCUUACGCGAAGUAAUCACCAGGCAGAUCUAAAGUUG